AUGGAGUGUGAAUGGCGGGGCAAGGAAUGGAGAGGUGCACCCCCUGUGGAUGUGCUCCGGGCCCUGAGGUUCCCCUCCCUCCCUGACGGUGUCCGGAGGGCAAGAGGCAUGUGUCCAGCUGAUGUGGCCUACCGAGUGUCCCGACCUGCUCAGCUCAGCGCACCCACCCGCCAGCUCUUCCCAGGAGGUUUUCCAAAAGAUUUCUCUCUGUUGACUGUGGUCCGGACGCGCCCUGGUCUCCAAGCUCCCCUCCUGACUCUCUAUAGUGCCCAGGGCAUCCGACAGCUGGGCCUGGAGCUUGGCCGACCUGUCCGCUUCCUGUAUGAGGACCAGACUGGCCGGCCUCGACCUCCAGCUCAGCCAGUCUUCAGAGGCCUCAACCUAGCAGAUGGCAAGUGGCACCGUGUGGGUGUGGCUGUGAAGGGCCAAUCUGUCACCCUCAUUGUUGACUGCAAGAAGCGAGUCACCCGGCCUCUCCCCCGAAGUGCUCGUCCAGUGUUGGACACCCAUGGAGUGAUCAUCUUUGGUGCCCGUAUCCUGGAUGAAGAAGUCUUUGAGGGUGAUGUCCAAGAGCUUGUCGUUGUUCCGGGGGUACAAGCUGCCUACGGAUCCUGUGAACAGAAGGAGCUGGAGUGUGAGGGGGAUUGGAGGGAGAGACCUCAGAAACAACAGUCUCACAGAGCCCAGAGAUCUCCAAAGCAACAACCAGCAAGACUUCAUCGGCCCCAAAACCAGGAACCGCAGAGACAGCCCACUGAGUCUCUCCACUAUGACUACGAGCCCCUCUAUUACGAUGAGAUGACUGCGGGGACAACCCCUGACUACCAGUACCCUACCCCUGGAGAAGAGGAAGGAAUCCUGGAGUCCAGCCCCUUGCCACCCCCUGAGGAGGAGCAGACAGAUCUCCAGGUCCCCUCCACAGCUGACAGGUUCCUGACAGAGGAAUAUGGGGAGGGUGGCACAGACCCCCCAGCAGGGCCCUACGAUUACACCUAUGGCUAUGGGGACGAUUACCGUGAGGAGACGGAACUUGGCCCUGCCCUCUCUGCGGAGACAGCCCACUCAGGAGCCGCUGCCCAUGGACCCCGGGGGCUGAAGGGAGAGAAGGGGGAGCCUGCAGUUCUGGAACCUGGUAUGCUAGUGGAGGGGCCGCCUGGCCCAGAAGGCCCUGCGGGAUUGACUGGUCCCCCUGGCAUCCAGGGCAACCCAGGCCCAGUUGGAGACCCUGGCGAGAGGGGCCCUCCUGGCCGAGCAGGGCUCCCUGGAUCAGAUGGGGCCCCUGGCCCUCCCGGCACAUCCCUCAUGCUCCCGUUCCGGUUUGGCAGUGGUGGGGGCGACAAGGGCCCUGUGGUGGCUGCCCAGGAGGCUCAGGCCCAGGCGAUUCUGCAGCAGGCGCGGCUGGCACUCCGUGGACCCCCUGGACCCAUGGGAUACACAGGUCGCCCUGGACCCUUGGGACAACCUGGGAGCCCUGGUCUGAAGGGAGAAUCUGGAGACCUAGGACCUCAGGGCCCCAGAGGACCUCAGGGCCUCACAGGCCCUCCCGGCAAGGCUGGGCGCAGGGGCCGAGCGGGUGCUGAUGGAGCCCGAGGGAUGCCUGGAGAACCUGGAGUAAAGGGCGACCGAGGCUUUGAUGGGCUCCCAGGGCUUCCUGGGGAGAAGGGACACAGGGGCGAUACUGGUGUCCACGGCCUUCCUGGCCCCCCUGGCGAGGAUGGAGAGCGGGGAGACGAUGGGGAGAUUGGGCCUCGGGGGCUGCCUGGAGAGUCGGGACCUCGAGGUCUCCUUGGCCCUAAAGGCCCACCUGGUAUUCCUGGACCCCCGGGCAUCCGAGGCAUGGACGGUCCCCAUGGUCCCAAAGGGAGCUUGGGGCCCCAAGGGGAGCCGGGACCUCCCGGACAGCAGGGAACUCCUGGGACCCAGGGCCUCCCCGGGCCUCAGGGUGCCAUCGGCCCCCAUGGAGAGAAGGGCCCUCUGGGGAAACCAGGGCUCCCCGGCAUGCCCGGCUCAGACGGACUCCCGGGUCACCCCGGGAAGGAAGGUCCCCCAGGAACCAAAGGAAACCAGGGCCCAUCCGGACCUCAGGGCCCCCUCGGGUACCCCGGACCCCGAGGUGUCAAGGGUGUGGAUGGAAUUCGGGGUCUGAAGGGUCAUAAGGGUGAAAAGGGCGACGAUGGCUUUCCUGGGUUCAAAGGUGACAUGGGUGUGAAAGGUGACAGGGGCGAGGUCGGAGUCCCUGGUUCCAGAGGAGAGGACGGUCCCGAGGGGCCGAAGGGUCGCACUGGACCCACUGGAGACCCUGGGCCCACUGGGCUCAUGGGCGAGAAGGGCAAGCUGGGUGUUCCUGGUCUGCCUGGCUAUCCCGGACGCCAGGGUCCCAAGGGGUCCCUAGGAUUUCCUGGUUUUCCUGGAGCCGGCGGAGAGAAGGGAGCCCGGGGCCUGUCCGGGAAGUCAGGGCCUCGGGGCGAGCGGGGCCCCACGGGUCCACGGGGUCAGCGGGGGCCCCGAGGCGCCACUGGAAAGUCUGGAGCUAAGGGAACAUCGGGUGGCGACGGCCCCCACGGGCCCCCUGGAGAAAGGGGUCUCCCUGGGCCUCAGGGCCCCAACGGAUUUCCUGGCCCCAAAGGCCCUCCGGGCCCCUCUGGGAAGGACGGGCUGCCAGGACACCCGGGCCAGAGAGGAGAAGUGGGUUUCCAAGGGAAGACCGGCCCGCCUGGUCCCCCAGGGGUGGUGGGACCUCAGGGAGCAGCAGGAGAAACCGGGCCCAUGGGGGAGAGAGGUCACCCAGGCCCCCCAGGGCCCCCUGGAGAGCAGGGACUGACGGGAACAGCUGGAAAAGAAGGCACGAAGGGAGACCCCGGCCCUCCUGGGGCCCCAGGGAAGGAUGGUCCCGCUGGGCUGAGGGGCUUCCCAGGAGAGAGAGGCCUCCCCGGCACUGCUGGCGGAGCCGGCUUGAAGGGAAAUGAAGGUCCGGCCGGCCCCCCUGGUCCUGCGGGCUCCCCUGGGGAACGCGGUGCAGCGGGAUCCGGGGGACCCAUUGGCCCCCCUGGGCGCCCAGGACCUCAGGGUCCCCCGGGAGCAGCAGGAGAGAAAGGUGUCCCGGUGAGUGUGGCUGGGGGUGUGCAGCGCCCCUCCUACUGUCCCCCCUCCUGCCUCCCUCCCCUAAUGUCUCACCUGCCUCUCCUCCAGGGUGAGGUGGGCGACCCUGGACAGAAGGGCACUAAAGGGAACAAAGGUGAACAUGGCCCUCCUGGACCCCCUGGACCCAUCGGGCCUGUCGGGCAGCCCGGAGCCGCGGGAGCAGAUGGGGAGCCCGGGGCCCGGGGACCUCAGGGACACUUUGGAGCCAAAGGUGAUGAAGGAACGAGAGGAUUCAAUGGGCCCCCCGGACCCAUUGGCCUGCAGGGCUUGCCAGGCCCCUCGGGGGAGAAGGGAGAAACCGGAGACGUGGGCCCCAUGGGACCACCAGGCCCCCCAGGACCUCGAGGCCCCGCUGGACCCAAUGGAGCUGAUGGUCCUCAAGGUCCCCCAGGAGGCGUUGGGAACCUGGGUCCCCCUGGAGAGAAGGGGGAGCCAGGAGAUUCAGGAUCUCCCGGGGUCCAGGGAGAGCCAGGCGCCAAGGGCCCACGCGGGGAGCGUGGGGAGAAAGGAGAGUCCGGGCAGCCGGGAGAGGCGGGACCACCAGGGCCUAAAGGCCCCACCGGGGAUGACGGCCCCAAAGGGAACCCUGGCCCCGUUGGCUUUCCUGGCGACCCUGGUCCUCCUGGAGAAGGUGGCCCUCGUGGCCAGGAUGGUGCGAAGGGUGACCGUGGAGAGGACGGCGAGCCCGGGCAGCCUGGAUCCCCUGGUCCCACUGGGGAGAAUGGACCCCCUGGGCCACUUGGAAAGCGGGGUCCUGCCGGCACGUCUGGUCCUGAGGGGCGACAAGGAGAGAAGGGAGCCAAGGGGGAUCCCGGUGCUGUGGGUGCCCCGGGAAAGACAGGCCCAGUGGGUCCCGCAGGCCCAGCAGGAAAACCUGGUCCCGAUGGUCUGAGGGGGCUCCCGGGCUCAGUGGGCCAGCAAGGUCGUCCUGGGGCCACAGGUCAGGCCGGGCCCCCAGGUCCUGUGGGACCCCCAGGGCUCCCUGGCCUCCGUGGUGAUGCUGGAGCCAAGGGAGAGAAGGGCCACCCAGGUCUCAUCGGGCUGAUCGGGCCCCCGGGGGAGCAGGGAGAGAAGGGAGACCGGGGGCUUCCUGGCCCUCAGGGCUCCGCUGGACAGAAGGGGGAGACGGGCAUCCCCGGAGCCUCUGGCCCCAUUGGUCCCGGAGGGCCCCCUGGCCUCACUGGACCUGCUGGCCCCAAGGGAGCCAAGGGAGCCACAGGCCCAGCGGGACCCAAGGGAGAGAAGGGCGUCCAGGGCCCUCCGGGACACCCGGGCCCCCCAGGCGAGGUGAUCCAGCCCCUGCCCAUCCAGAUGCCCAAGAAGACUCGGCGCUCAGUGGACGGAAGCCGCCUGAUGCAGGAAGAUGAGGCCGCGCCGACCGGGGGCGCCCCGGGCAGUGCUGGGGGGCUGGAGGAGAUCUUUGGCUCGCUGGACUCCCUGCGGGAGGAGAUCGAGCAGAUGAGGCGGCCGACAGGGACCCAGGACAGCCCUGGACGCACCUGCCAGGACCUGAAGCUCUGCCACCCAGAGCUGCCCGAUGGAGAGUACUGGGUGGACCCCAACCAGGGCUGCGCCCGUGACGCCUUCCGGGUGUUCUGCAACUUCACGGCCGGUGGGGAGACCUGCGUGCAGCCCCGGGACGAUGUCACACAGUUCUCCUACGUGGACUCAGAGGGCUCCCCGGUAGGCGUGGUCCAGCUCACCUUCCUGCGGCUGCUCAGCGUCUCCGCCCACCAGGACGUCUCCUACCCGUGCUCUGGGCUGGCCCGGGACGGCCCCCUGAAGCUCAGGGGGGCCAAUGAGGAUGAGCUGAGCCCAGACACCAGCCCCUACGUCAAGGAAUUCAGAGCCGGCUGUCAGACACAGCAAGGCCGGACGGUGCUGGAGGUGCGGACCCCUGUGCUGGAGCAGCUGCCAGUGCUGGACGCCUCCUUCUCAGACCUGGGGGCCCCCCCGAGGCGGGGUGGGGUGCUGCUGGGGCCUGUCUGCUUCAUGGGCUAGGAUUCUUCUCUGUCCGACCCUGUCAGUGGAAACCAGGCCCCUGCAGCCCACCGCAUCGGCUCUGGGCCACCUCCCAGGAGGGCUCCUCACCAGCUGGGGCCCUGGGUCAGGACACGGAGAGCCCCCAUCAGGGGCAGACCAGGGAGGGGGGAGCGGUGCCAGGCCAGCCCGGGGAGGGGUGGCACCUGGGGCUCCGGGCCCCCCACCUGGAGCCUGUGACCUGUUAGACAGCUGACACACUUAUUUAAAACUCACCUCCCAAUCACCCCAAACAAGAGGAAGAGAAAGGACACUGUGUAUUUUGUAUUUAAAAGUAAUUAUAUUAAUUAUUUAAAGAGUGGAAAACGGAGUAACAACAAAGAGAGAAAUGCCAACCAGAUCAGCGGACCCGGGACAGGGCUCUGCUGGGAUGACCCUGGUCCCGUCCUUGCCUCAGGGCUUCCCCAGGGACCGAACCCCAGCUCCUGCCCGGCCCCAGGAGCGUAGCACCCACUGUGAACAUUGGAAUACACGGCUCUUGCCUCAGGGCUCUCUCAUCUCCACUUGCUGGGUGUUUGGCUCCGACCCACGCACUUGCUCUCCUUCACCUGGCCUGGGCCUCGGGGGCUGGGCUUGGGGACCUGGCCCCUGUCCUGGGGGGAACGGGAUAGUGAAGGGUGUGCAGGGCCUGGAUGCACAGACUGCUGAAGCAUCAGAUCGACAUCAGCUGGGUGGUCACCAGGCCCCGAGCCCCUGAGGACCCCCAUGGCCAUCCUGGCCCGUCCUGUCCCUCCCCUGGGCACCCUCCCUUCCCUGACCCUGCAGUUGAAGGGCUAACGUGAGGCCAUGGAUGGAAGGGCCCCCCAGGGCCUUGUCUAGCCCUAGACCCAGCGGCCGCUCCGACUGAUGGUUAAACAAUGUGAUUGUUUCCUCCUA